AUGUUUUUCUAUCCUGCUCUUCUAUGCAUUUUCUUCGCCAUAACUACGGUGAAUGCUACCGUCAACAUCACCGAUGUUAUUCUGUCCUUACCUGAAUGCUCCGUGGGUACUGCAUUUCUCCAAAACCAUGAAGUCGAAGCUAAACUCAUUCAGAUUCAAUGCAUUCUUACGAACCCAAAGGUUGUCAGUGACCCCCACGGAACUUGUACGAACGAAUCUAUUCAAGCUUCCGUAUCGGCGUGUGUACAAAAGUCUUGUGUACCACUGGACCAAGCAAGGGUCGUCAUCGCAAAUGGGAAGUUAUGUGAGGGUGUACCCGUAAACAAUACCCGCGUUGUUGACGCCUACAUUGCUGGGUUUGUUUGCGUAUUGCCGGCUCUGUUAGCUAUUGCGCUAAGAUUGUAUUCGCGGCACAAGAUCGCUCGAGAGUUUGGUUACGAUGACUAUCUCAUGUGCAUCGUUGCUGUCUUCUUAGUUGUCCUGCUUGUUUUGGAUGUUUACAACGCCGGAACGAACGGGUUUGGACGACAUCUUUGGGCUAUAGAUCCAGAACGUAUCGAGGAACUCUUGAAAAUAUUAUGGGUCGUAGAGAUAUUUUAUACUGCUUCCGUCACAGUUAUCAAGUCGUCUAUUGUGAUGUUUUAUCUGAGAAUAUUUCCAGGACGCUACACACGAGCAGCAUCGUUUACAACACUGGCACUCGUGGUAAGCUCUGGCAUAGCCAUUAUUCUUGCGACUGUAUUUCAGUGCAAGCCUGUGUCUGGUGCUUGGCAUUUCUUUAGUCCGUCACAAUGUGUCAACCUAAAUCUACUCAUCUACGCAUCUGGCUACAUUGGAAUCGGUCUCGACGUGUUGAUUCUGAUCAUUCCAAUACCAGCCGCUCUCAAACUCAAGAUGGAGUUGAAGAAAAAGUUGUUAGUGAUGUGCAUGUUCAGUGUUGGUGUUUUCGCUUUCAUAAUAAGCAUCGUACGAUUAAGGUUCAUCGUAAGUUUUGGGAGCAGUACAGAUCCGACAUGGGACAACGUGCUUCCAGCUAUAUGGUCUUUAGCCGAAGUAACAGUCGCGACAAUCUGCGCUUGUAUGCCUGCCGUUCGCGCUUUGCUCGCAUUGAUAUUCCCGAAAUUGUUCGAUACACUGAGCCGCCCGAGUCAGCCUUCGCAUCCAACACCGUUCAAGGAUACUCCAUUCCCAUCUGGGUCUGCCCACCGAUUCAUUCCAACACCAUCGUCGGAGAGGCCUGAUAUAGUUUAUGGCAAACAUGAUGUUGCAUCGCCAGAAGAUAUAUCUCUUCGUAACAUCGAGGCGGCUUCAGACACAAAGGACAAGACUUCGUGGACGAGCUCUCAACUGACUCAGUCGGGAGGAACGAUGGAUACCAAAAGAACAUCUCAAAACAGUACAUGUGCUAGUGUGCACGCUAGUAGUGAAACCAAUAUCAUUACUCUGGGAGACUCAAGUUUAUCAGACCGGCAAACUGUCGAUGAGGGGGCAGACGCAGGUAUUGAAAGAAAAAGGAAGACGAGAUCGUUGGGCUUCGAUUUCAACUGGAAAUAA